CGAGAUCGUACUGAUUGCUCUGAAAAGCCCUAACAUUGUUUGGUUGGGUAGGCAACAAUGGCACUGUCACAGUGGAAGGAAGCUAUUCUCGAAGGGAUUUUCAUCGAGAUCAAGGACGGAGUUGUGGAGGAGAAGAAUCUCGAGAGGUUGGAGAAUCUAGUGGAGAUUCUGCACAAAGAAGGUUCUAAGGUUCCCGAAUCAGUGAAGGAAGCGUACAGUCAAGUAGCUGUGGAGUGCACAGCGAGGUGUCUGGGUAGUGAGAGAGAUGCGAAAGUGGCUUAUACUGAAGCAAUUAGAUCGAUUUGGCUCCGUAGGAUUAUGCCUCUAUGCGAUAAGGUCAGUUGCUUGGUUACUAGUGACCUCUUGAAUAGCUGUCGAAGAUUAUGGAUGGCCCACAAUGACGAAAAGGCUUGUGAAACUCUGAUGGAAGAGAAUACGAGAGAAAAAGCUUUGGUUGCUUUGAGGAAGGUAGUUACAGAGUUGGAUCCCAACCAUGGUUAUGCCUAUGAUGAUGGAAAUGCGAUGGAUGAAUCGGAAGAGGUUGAAUCUAGCGAAGAAAGUAGAGAGACAGAGCCGAUUGUUGAAGCCUCUGAAGAUGGUGACGAAGACCAAGAUACUGAACAAGAAAGACCUUCUGGUGAGUCAGAAGCUGAAUCUCCACUUCGUCAAAUCAAAACCAUUUCCUCUGCAGUUGUUGACAGACAGCUCAAAAAGCUUAGAGCUUCUAAAAUCGACCUGAUGAAUGCUUUGGAACAAGGAGGACCUUCAACGUUACACAAUGCGACGAUUACAGAACAAGUAAAUGAUGUUGCUAAUCCUUCUGAAACAACCACUUUACCGAGGCCUAGCUUGAUGGAGCGAAGAACCACAGCACAGACAUUUGAGUGGGAAGACUCCAUUGAUGAUUCAGAUGUAGAAAUGGGCGCUGAUGGUGAAAAGAAUAAUAAACCAAGACGUGAAAGAAUUGUCGUCUCUCCUUUGAAAAAAAGAAACCAUAGGGAGAAAGUUUAUUGGAGUACUGCAGAAACCCUGGCCGUAAUGAAAGGCUAUGAAAAGUAUGGUGCAAACUGGAAGCGGAUCAAGGAUGAGAAUCCAAUUCUAGAGCGUAGAACUAAUGUUAAUAUUAAAGAUAAAUAUCGAGUUGAGAUGAGACGUAAAGAGCGCAACCUUGAGUAGGUGAGUUACACAUAUACAUACUCUAAGGAAAUGGAGUACUGGAGCAGAGAUCAGACCUUUUUUGUGUAGCCGAUAAACAGAUGCUGAACAAUGACGUACUGUGGCAUCUAUGGAAUGUAAAAAAACUGGGUAACAUUUUGUCGUCUUUUGUCUUCAAAACCCGUAAGAAUUUGUGAAUAUGAUGAUGAUAAUAUCUAGUGAAUCUUUUUGUUAAGUAACUUAGGGUUCUUUUAGGAUGUUUAUUGGCUUGGUUAAAGUGAAACCUAACAAACAAUAUUCGGACUUGGAAAAAGCAGUGGGAAAAGUCCGAUUAAUUUGAUGCAAAUGUCUUGGGAUCCAAAAAUGAGUUUUGUGUUCCCCAUUAAUGUCAAUGUUUGUAGUUGAUCAAUUGCCGAAAAAAUGCAC